GAACACAAAGAAAAAAAAACACCUUACGAAACUCGUCUCGUGAGAAUUUGGGGUACGCGCUUGUUGUGUCCGUUCUUUAUUCGCAAAAUAAUCGUUUGAGCAGCCCGCCUAGCAUACUUCAGUCGGUCACCACGUGCUUUUGCGUGAAGGCGUCCCUUAAUCGCGUUCGCGAGUUCCGUAUUGUAUCAAUCAGUGCGGUUAUCGAUUUCUUUUUUAAUUUCGUGCGUCCGUAAUUAUACGUCGUUGUGUGUGAUAAACUUAUGACCAUGGUUUCACGGUAUUUUCAAACCACGCCGGUUUACGUGGUAGAAGGACACGACGAGGUCCUACCUUAUAUCUAUCGCUGUGUGGGUUCUAAAUAUCUUCCAUUCGAAGGGAAUACAAUUAUACACUUGGAUUCCCACCCUGAUAUGGUCAUUCCGAAAGAGAUGCCUGCGGAUACUGUGUGGGAAAAGGAAGAGCUAUUCAAAGAAAUUAGCAUAGAGAGCUGGAUAAUGCCGGCCGCGUAUGCUGGCCAUUUCAAGCACCUGAUCUGGGUCAAACCACCGUGGUCAACUCAGUUGGCCGAUGGCGUCAUUACCUUUAUGAUCGGCAAACAUAAGGAGACCGGGAAAAUAAGCAAACCGUCAGUUCAUUGUGGCCACGAUGACAGGUAGAUUGUGAUUCGGUGGAACUUUUCUGUGAAGCGUUCAUGUCAGUCAGCUUAUUAAUUAUGACGUGUACAAAUUAACGAUAGGUAUACCUAUUCACAAUACACGCCGUAUAGGCUGAUAAUUGUAUUUCACUUUAUUUUUCACGCCGAAAGAGCACUGGUUAAGUGUCUAGUCCCUCGGCGAUUAGCAUACACGAACACGUUACUUCGUGUACAUUUAGGAUAGCUGGAGCAUAAUGUAAC